AGUACCCAUUCUGGAUAAAUUAUUCGGGUGAUUUGAUGGAUUCAUAUCUAGAAGGAUCGAAUAGAAAGAAUGGAGAGGAUAUGGAGAGAUGAAGAGGAAGACACAAGAUAGAAGGAAAAGUACUGCUUCUCUAGUUAAGCGACUAGAGAUAAAAAAAUUUGCAACUACUAUUGCAACUAACACGGUAGUCCCUAAAAAUACCCUUAGUAUUGCCGCCAAAAAACACAAGAACCCAAUUAUCAGGUCUAUCACUCCUUGUCCACGUACUGUGUCAGUACAUACUCUUCUUCCUCAAAAAAAUUAAAAAAAAAAAAUUAAAAAAAUAAAAACGAAGGCCAAGUUCAGAACUUCAGAUGAAACCCGUCGCCGUCGUCUUCAUCUGCCGCCGCUGCGCCACCACAUCUCCUCCCAGCUAGAUUGACUUGGAUGUGAGUUCAAGAUUGUGAUCAUAGAGUUAACGUUACAAAAGAAAAUGUGGAUGCACAUGACUGAAUUCUUAUUCUGAAUAGAAAUGGGUCCACGGUGGAAAGGAAAAGAUGCAGAAGCAAAAGCUUUUGCAGAACCAAUGUCGGGAAUAGUUUAUGCACUUCAAUCAUCUCUACACACAUCAGAAUGCAAGGGAUCGAUAUCUGGAUGUAGGGUGCUUUUUGAAGCAAAUACAGAACAAUCUGAACUUCUGGACCGUGCAUGUUUUGGUCAGGUUAUUAUGACCAGCCAAAAUGAUACACACUGGUAUGAAUUUACAUUACAAGAAGCUUUUUACUUGUGCUAUACAUUGAAGUGUUUGAAGAUUGUAGGAGGCGAUGGUGUUGUAAAACCUUAUGAGAACCUGUGGCACUUCAUGAUUUCAAAAGUUGAAAAGUUUCCCGAGUAUUUCAAAGCAUAUGCCCAUCUAAGAAUGAAAAAUUGGCUAGUUAGGUCAGGAUCCCAAUACGGUGUUGAUUAUGUUGCUUAUCGCCACCAUCCAGCUUUGGUCCAUUCCGAUUAUGCUGUUCUUGUACUGUCAGAAAUAAAUGGCAUCUCCAGUGGACGGCUGAAGUUGUGGUCUGAUUUGUAUGGUACAAUUCGGCUUUGUGGUGGUGUUGCUAAGACAUUGCUAGUGUUACAUGUUCUAGGCAUCAGUAAAGACAAUUCUCCAGUGUGUUUGGAGAAUUAUGAAAUAGAACCGCGUAUAAUCUCUAGAUGGAUUCCAGAGAAAACUCGUGAAAAGAAAACAGAUUCUAAAAUUUGUAGUGAAGCUAAAACACAUACUUGAUGUUUGAAGUGCUAUUUAUAUGAUAACUAUAGCAGCGUACAUUGUUUUAGAUUCUACUAAGGUAUUAUGCAACUUUUAGUCCUCUUUUAA